AUGCUGGGGCGCACGGAGCUGCCGUGCGCUGCCGACGCUCUGCCGGGCCGGGCGCAGCCGCAGCGCGUGGCAGCCACCCACGCUGUCAGCGGGAACCCCACGCUCCCGCCCUUCCCCGAUGGGAUGCAGGUGGCCAUUUUCGGCAUGGGAUGCUUCUGGGGAGCGGAGCGGCUCUUCUGGGAGCUCCCGGGARUCUUCUCCACUCAGGUGGGCUACGCAGGCGGCUUCACCCCCAACCCCACCUAUGAGGAGGUCCGCUCAGGGCUCACGGGGCACGCGGAGGUGGUGAGGGUCGUGUUCGACCCGCRGCAGCUCCGCUACCAGGAGCUGCUCCGGCUCUUCUGGGAGAACCACGACCCCACGCAAGGCAUGAGGCAGCAGGAGGACGUGGGCACCCAGUACCGCUCCGUCAUCUUCUCCCUGGGCCCCGAGCAGCACGAGGCCGCUCUGCGGAGCCGGGASGCCUAUCAGCAGGCGCUSAGCGCGCGGCGCCUGGGCACCAUCACCACGGGCGUCGAGCCGGCCGGAGACUUCUUCUACGCCGAGGACUGGCACCAGCAGUACCUGCACAAGGUGCCCUCGGGCACCUGCGGCCUCAGGGGCACCGGCGUCCCCUGCCCCGUCGGCAUCCGGCGCCGCCACGCGGCCCCUGCCCCGCAGCUGCGGUGUCACCGUCCUGGAAUGCCACCUUCCUGA